AUGAACCCGUAUGAACAGAUCCCGCCUCCUUCCCCGGCAGCCGCGUACUCGGCUGAAAGACUUUAUAGCGACAUCAAGAAGGCGUUUCCCGGCCUCGUGGCGGAUUUCGACAGCAAAUGGACGGCGUGGACGAAGACCUGGUUUCCAAACGAGACGCCAAACAAUUCUUCAAUGUCCCCAUUAUCAUCCAGGUACAUUCUCUCCUCCGACGCAGAUGCCUCUGCGUCUUUCUCUGGGAUCAAGGAAGAAGGGAGAUCAAGGAAGAAGGGAGUGCAGCUGACGAAGACAUCUCUGCAGCGCCUCCGAUCACUGUUUGCGAUAGAUAAUGAACUCGAGAGGGACAAGGAGUACUUGGUGAACCCAGCCGACCCCAUUAACUACAAAUUUCUGCAACGCCAGGCCAACUUGAUCGUUGACAUGAACUUUGAUCGCAACAGGGUUGUUCAAGCCCGUAUUGAAGCCUGGAAGGCACAUUGCACGCGGAACCAGAUCCAUAGCAGCUCAGGCAUAUACACCAAAUGCGAGGAGUACGACAAACUGCUCGAACUAGGCGGUAGCAUCAUUGCCCAUCUCAUGGUUGGGUAUAGCGGAGACCAGACAGGCUUCUGGUAUGAGCUGCUGCACGAGAUCGUGCACGACUUUGGCAAGAAGACGGGCUUGCAAACUGUCGACUUCAAGAAGCAGUAUUUCGUGUGGAAUGAGUGGGUCUCAGCGAAAGAAACACAGCAAGGCACCUUGUUGGACACAAGGUAA